AUUUUCCAAAUCAUUCUAAACAUGAAUGGUGGGACUGUGUUAGGAUGGGCAAUAUUUUGCCUCACUUGUAUCUCAAUUGAGGCAGUUCAAAAGAAGCCAGGUGGAACUGGACAGGGAGUCACAAAAGCUAAUCUUCUGAGCCUUCAAAAUGCAGUUAAUGCACUGAAGGAUGACCUGAAGGAUGAUUUGAACAGCAUAAGAGAUGAGGUGUCUAAUUUGAGGGAUGAUGUGUCAAACCUUCGAGAUGGGGUGUCCAGUCUACGAGAUGGGGAAUCCAAUGUGAGAGACAAUGUCCUUGAAUUGAUUGACGAUAUGACUGAGCUGAAAAAACAGCUGGAUUGUAAUGGUGGCGAUGGAGUCCCUUCCAAAGAAAUGUGUAAUGCAACAUUGGUGGCAGCAGAACUAAAGGAAGAUCUCAGUGGUUUAAAUGAAAAGAUGAAGAACAUCUCUGAUAAAUGUCAGCUGGCAGCAGUACCAGGAAAGUACGGGGAAGGACCACUCCUACCUGGGUUAACUUGCUUGGAUAUUCAAAGAAAGCGUUUGCCUGAGAUUGUACCAUCAGGAGUGUAUUGGAUGACACUUGGUAGCUCUGGGGUGGUUUACCAGCUCUAUUGUGAUAUGGAGACUGAUGAUGGUGGAUGGACAUUAGUAUGGACAUAUACAUUUACAAAUUACGCAAGUUUUACCAGUCAUGACAAUGCAGUCACCCCACGACCAUCCUGGGAUGAUACUGGGUAUAAAGCGUCAUGCACCCCAGUCUCUACAACACCACCUCUAUCCGAGACACAAUUGGGAGCACUUGAGUUUGCAAAAUGGAAACAAAUUGGAAACGAAUUCAUGAUUAAGUCAAACAUCAACCAAUGGAUCGCAUGCACCCCGGUUGGUGGGAGCUUUGUGGAUUGGAGAUUUGGAUCAUUGAAUUGCAGAAUGGUGAAAGUUGUUGCUUCUGCUGAAUGUACGACAGUGGUCCCUAACAAGAUAACAUUGCACAAAUAUGGCCCAUCUCUUGAACAGCAAUCUAAUGUUUACUACUUUGAUACAAGUCUAAGUGCAAACUGGCCAACGCAUGACCCUUGUGGAACAAACUUUCCAAAACAUUUAACUGGUGUUAAUUAUACAAGAGGAAAUGUAUUUGUUCGCUGAAUGGUAAACUAACCCUG